AUGCUGCUGCCUCCUGCUGUGGCUCGCGUCUUCCAAGACGAUCCCCUGCCACUGCUGUGGACGACAAAGCCCUCGCCCGGCAGUGCACCUGGCAUGCGGCUGCGGCCGCUGAAGCCUCCGCCUAAACCAGAUGAGGAGGUGAACCUCGUGAUCAGGAAGGCGAUGCGACCCAAACCGCGACUGAAACAAGGAGCUUCACAGACCCCCAGUUCCAGCCCUCACUCCACACCGGGCCUCACGCCUUCGCCCCCGAAGUCUGCUUCCCCGUUUGGCAACGAUGGUGGCAUGGGGAUGUUCUGGUGCUGGUUGGCGGCAGCAGAUGCCUCGCCCGGAGCCCGCCAGCACCGCGGCGCCCAGGGCCUACUCCGCCGCGCCGCAGCUGCCGCAGCCGGCGCCACCGGCGCAACCGGCGCCGCAACCGGCGGCGCGCUGGCACCGAGGCCGGCGCAGCCGGCGCCGCGGCACCGGGCGACGCCCACGGCGAGCUCGGCCACGUCGGCCACGUCCGAGGCGUUGGUGACGCCGGAGGUGCCCAGGACGGCAGAGCCCAUCCCGAAUCCGAAGGAACGAGGGAAUUGCCUGAGUGAUACUUUCCUGAACGUUUUGGAUCGCGAGCUGAGAAGUGUUGGUUUACCUUCACAACUUCAUCACCGCAUCAGUUCUGCAGUGGGUCGGUCUCUGAACGAGUUGCUAGAUGCACAGCAGAAGGACCUUGAAGCGCGGCUACAGGCGAUGUUGAAGAAGGACCAGGAAUCCGAGGAAAGAUUCUGGAUGCACGCCAGCGCUGUGCGGAAGGAGCUUCACGACCGUGAGGUGAAACAGGCCAAAGAGUCGGAAGCCAGAUUUUGGUCUCAUGCCGGAGAAGUGCGAAAGGCAACCUAUCAUCAAGCGCGGAUGGAGGCCUCGCAGGUGUUGCAACGAGCCGUGGUGGAUGGCUCUUUGGCAGAAGCGAUCUUCUCGCAGGUGGCUAAGAGUUCAGAUGAGCCCACGGAAGCAGCUGACAGGACUUCGACUGAGACCCGGGACGGUCCCUGGCACUUGCUUCCCUCAGUGGGCACCUGGUUGAAUCCAGCGCCAGAUGCAAGUCGCAACUUGCCGGCGGAAGUUCCGGAGGUUCCGGAGGUUUCGGAGGUUUUGGAGGUUCCUGCAGCCUACUGCUAUGACAAUGAUCACUGCGACUUCGUGUUGUGCGAGGAGCUGGUGGAUGAGAUGGUCGAGCAGGUCGUUGUUUCCAGUUUGAGCUGGGUCGAGGCCAUGCUGGAGGCAGAAAGUGAGGUCCAUGGGUUGCAGCAACCGAACGCUAUCCCGAACAGACUUGUCUUGGACAAGGCGCACCCUGAAGACGAACAGCCCAGCGAAAGGAUGCCAAGGCUUGACCCCAGCCAGGCCCGCGAGGGCCGCGAGGCAGAGGUUCCUGAAGAGGCGGUGAAUCAGGUGGCUGCGAGUUUGCUUUCAGCAGCUCGAAGUGGCAACACCCGGGAGGGGGAAACAGCCCAAGCGGCAGAGGUGAUGAAGCAGGUGGCAGCAAAUUUGCUGCAAGCAGCCAGAGAUGGCACGUUGUUACGGUGGCAGGCGGAACAUCUGGCACAACGACUCCAACGGGGGUCACAGGCGCCUGGAAUCGGUGAUUUGGAGUCACCUGAUGGGUCAGAGAGGCCCAUGAUUUCGAGGAGUUCAUGUUCCGAGGUAGCGUCGAUUGCAGUUCAUGACGCCCUGGAGUUUGCGGCCAAACACUUGGCGACCUUGGAAGACCUACGAGAUGACCUGUCGAUGUCCGUGGCCUUGUCACAGGUGUCACAGGGCUCGGAGCGCGAGUGGUUCCUGAGUGAAGUGGCGGGCGAAGUGACCCACCAGGUGAUGAACGCGUUGGAAAGUUGA